AUGGCUCAUCGCAUGUUUGAUCAAAUCAAGGAUUUCCGAAUGUACAAAGUUCAUGCUGGUGGCAAGAAAAAAGAAGCAAAGAACAAGAAAGGUCGAGCAAGGAACAAAAAAGGUCAGUCUUCCAAAGCCGGGAAAAAAGGCACUGAUGGAAAUCACUCUUCUGAUAAAUCAGAGAUUAGAUUUGACAAAGAUGAAGGAAUAGAAUUAGCAGUAAAGAAUGAGAAGCUGGAUACAAAGAAAUCUAUGAAUGCAAGUGACCAAGGACUUGAUCCAAAUACAUGUAAAAAUGAUGAACACUCAGACCAGCAUAUUUGCAAUAUGAAAGACAACAAAGGUUCAGAUGGAGUUGUGCAGGACGAUUCAAAGAAUAAUCUGUUGAAAUCAAAUUUUGAUGAAAAUAGGGAAAUUGAAACGGACGAUGAUAGUGGCAGUGAUGUUCAUAUACCAGUGAAACGUUCGUGUGCAAGAAAUUGUAUAGAAUCUGAUAGUGAUACAGACACAAGUCCUGGAUGUGAUUUAUUCGAUAGAAGUGUUUUACCAGAACGCAAUAUGCCUUUGAAUGUUUGUGAUAGACCAAAAGAUAUGCCCAGAAAUGAACCAGUAGACAAUGUCUGUGAAUCGGUAUUGGAAAAUGAUGAUAUGAUGAAAAAUGAUUUUUCAGAUGUUUCAGAUGGUGUACAAGAAGAUGCAGUGUUUGACAAUGACCUGGAGAAUAGAAGCUUUGAUACAGUAAAAGAUGGUACAGACAAUGAUACUGAUAUGUCAUUUAAUGAUCAUGCUCAUUCAAGGAAUCCUUUAGAAUCUUCUUCAGAUUCAAAUAUCAAAGAUGAAGACAUUGAAAAGGCAAUAGAUGCUAAUAUGUACACAUGUACUGAUGAAACAGAAGUUGAAUUUGUAGCAGAUCUUGGAUUACGUGAUAGACCAGAUAAAGAUUUCAAAUUUGUACCCCUCCAGAAUAAUGACAAACAGAACAUUUGUUCAAAACUGAAUAUCAGAUAUAUAGGCAAAGGCUGUGAUUCAAGGUUAGAUAGAAAUAGCUGUAUUGGAGUUCCUUUACAGAGUAAACAAAUUACUGGUGAUGGCAAUUGUUUCUUUCGUGCAAUUUCCUAUGUAAUUUCUGGAACUGAGCGUAAUCAUGCAAUUUUAAGAAAUGCCACUGUGAAACAUUUAUUGCAAACCAAGGACAUGUUUAGUAAUACAUUGAGGCAAGAAUAUAGAACAGUCAGAGAAUAUGUUUUGAAACGUAGAAUAAAGGAAGACGGAACGUGGGCUACAGACACUGAAAUUAGCGCUUUAGCAAAUUUAAUCGAUACUGAUAUUUAUUCAUACAAUGACCAAGUACCAUGUUGGCAAUCGUUCUCUGCAAAGAAACCUGGAAGAAUAAAUAUUGUAACAUCUGAUAAGGGAAUUUAUAUACUGUACACAGGAAAUGUUCAUUUUAAUGUUGUUGAAUCUGUAGAUUUUGUCAAUUUCAAUUCAUUGGAACAGACAAGAACAACUAAAGAAGAUAGAACGUCAAAGAGAACUUUGCCAUGUCCAUCAAUUCAGGCUGAUGUUAAAAUAAAGCAUGUGUUGAAGAAGUGUAGAUCCAAGUCGCAGAUAGAGGAAGAAAUUGAUGAAGUAGUGGAUAAGUCUCCUGAAACAUUUCAAAACCAUGUUGAUCCAAAGGGAAAAAAACGUAGGCUCACGUUGGAGACUGGUACGAUAAAUCACGAUGAGAGGAAAGGUACUGCAAAUCUUUUGGACAUGACAUAUGAACAGUGUGCAAGUAAUCAGUCUGAAUCAGUCGUUCACAACGAACGUAACACCAAGGACGAAACCCUUGAAAGUGAUCACAAAGACAAAUGCACGAGAGUCGAUACACAAAUAACGCUUGUUGCCCAAGGGACAUUCAAUCAAGGUGAUACAAGAUUUGGUGACUUAAGUGGAAAGCAGUGUGUUACCAAUUCACUUUCUGCACUGUUGUAUAGCAAGAAGCAGUCGAGGUUUCCUGAGUUGUAACGGACACAGUGUUGUACUUCGUACUCAAAGCUGGCAAGAUAACUUCUUCAGAUGACUGCAAAGCGCAACGUUGCAAAGCUCAUUUCUACAACCCUAAUCACCAAUGACAGUGCACCACCAUAUCCCUUUUCUCACCAGUUCAAACAAACUACCGCCCUCGAGUCAGAAGGCUGUCCUCAUCGUCCAACACACAGCAGUAACAUCACCCCAGUACUUCAGCCCUCCGGUGAUAUCAUCCUGUCUUUAGAUAAGGGACGACUGCUCUACCCUCCUUACUUGUACAGCAGUUCAGCAUUUCUUGUCUACUGGAUCAGACACCCCAUCUGCAGUCCCACUGCAAUCGUUUCAGUCAGGACUGACACUGGCGCAGUCAGCUUCUUCAAACGUGAUGGCCGGUCCCAGACCCUGCCAUUCCUACGUCGCAAAGAUUUGGCGUCAUCCUGGUCAGCAAUCCUGCCUUUGUCAACAAUCAUGACGAUAACUAUGCCUAGCCUCUUGACCAAGACUUUUUGAAUGCCACUCUGUAUGGCUCAGCAUACUUUUUUUUUCUUUAUUCAUACUAACAUGUGUUCAUGUCCAUUUUUCCACCUCUGAUUCUUACAUUUAUUUUCUGAUACCAUGUUUCUGUGUGAUUUUAGUCUUAUUUUUACUGGUAUAAUGUAAACAUAUACUUUUGUUCCACACAAGAUAUUUUUUGGAUUUUGUGUCCACUUCCAUGUAACUACAUGUAUUUUUAUACGAUAGUUUUUGUUUGUGAUGGUUCAAUUCCUUUUACGCUCUCAUCCCUUUCUUGUUGUAUCAUAUUUCAGGUGAUAGCAUGGAACAGCUUGUGGAAAGUCAUAUUGUGAUUAGAGAAAGUUUUCUUUUUUUGUUUCACCUAAAUACUUAUGUUUUCUGCAAAGAGGAAUUUCAUUUUUGGUUAGUAAUGUUUUCUAUUUUGCGAACAUCUGAUCUUGGUUUUUAACACAUUCCUAGGUGUGCCAUUUACACUGCUAUUGUCAUCAUAGUUUUGUGACAGAUCAGAACUCAAUUGUUUAAUCAAGGCUUCCAAAUAUAUUCAUUUUUUAUGAUUAUAAUGUCAGUUUAUUUGCAGCAUUUACCCCAUAUAUAGUGGUAACGUACGAUCAACUGUCAAUUUCUACUGCAUUCAUUAUACAUAGCAGUGUGUUGCUCGUUGUAACAAAAAGGUAUAGGGCUGUUAGGGAUUAUCCAUAAUAUACAUUGUUUUUAGUUUUAUUGUGUAUAUCUGAGCUUAUAUUUCACUUGCUAUGUAGGGUGCCUAUCAUAAAGUCAGUAAGUAUCUCUGUUUAUGUACCUGUGUUAUAUAUGUAUUCCAUAUCUGUUAUAUAUAUAUACAUGUUAGAAUGCGCUUUU